AUGGCUGAGAUGCAAGUUCAUACUGAGCCCCCUUCCAUAGGCAAGGCUUCACCUGCACCCCAAGCCCAACCCCAAGCCCAGGCCAACGGCAAGGCCCAGGCCAAAUCGCAAGCUGCACAACAGCAACCGCGAGGUCCAUCCAUCCACCAGAUAUACGCGCUGCCUGCACCCAUCCGAACCUUUCCCCUCCCAGCCUUCUACCCCAACAACCCUAUCUCACUGGUCCAUGUCGCCUACGCAUGGUUGGGUCAGGUUUUCCGGCCGCCGCCCGUAGAGCCUGCCGUUGUCCACCAUGGCGUCUGGUCUGAGACGACAAUCUCUGUACACAUCAAAGAUGAAAAGUCUAUGAGGGCCUUGUGGGAGCAAGGCUUCUAUGGCAAGGGCAACCUCAGUCGAAGUGAGCCGAACUGGCUCAAGAGAGAGCAGGUUCAGCGAGGACUCCAGGAAGUUCACGUCAGCGAGAUUUUCACGCAGCAGAGGCGAGAUGAGCGAGCACAAGCCAAGUGGGAGCGUGCGCGACUUGAACAAGAAGCCAUAUUGAAGACGAAGCUUGAAGAGGAGCGGCUGGCUGAAGCUCGCCGUCUGGCAAAACAAGCGGCUGUCGUCUCAGACUUUCCCAAGCUCCCCCUUGCACCCGUUGGCCCGUUAGAGCUCCUCGCACUCCCAAACUCAGCGGUAGUCAUCGUAUCACGGCAGGAGCCCGUUCUGGCGCCUUUGCCGUUUCUUGCACCUGUCGGUCCCCUGCAGAUUCUGGCACUGCCAAACUCGGCGGCCGACGUUGUCAAGUUUACGCAAGUAAAGGCAGAUGCUGAUGUGGCCCCCAUCAAUAACGCAAACGGAUCAUUGACUCAGUCUUCUUCCAACCACGGUUCGUCUACUGAUGAGUCCGAGGAGCCCCGAACUCCCAUCGCCACCGAGACCCCAGAGCUGUUUAGAGACGACCGAUCUGUAAUCUCAUCGAGUGAUGGCACGGGAAACAAGACGUUGCAACGCAGAAAGAGCGUGCGAUUUUCUCCCACGGUGGAAUCGGCAACGUACAAAGCCUCCGACCCCCCAAGCCCCAACCGCUCCCCGCCCGUGUUGUAUUCCCAGCCAUCCCAGGCCAACGGCAAUGACAAGUCGAUGAGCCAACCCCUGUCCCAACUGCCGUCAGCAAGCGUCCUCGUGUCAGAUCCCAUCAUCAACAAGGAGCACCUCCAACUGAUGCCAGAGGAGGCCUUUUUCCUCUCUUUUGGCCUUGGGGUUCUGGAAAUCACGGAUCCUGCGUCUGGCAGAGUGCUGUCGCGUCAAGACCUCUUUAAUCUGUUCCGGCAAUACUCUUAUUUCCCUCCCCGAAACGGUCCAGACGAGCCCGACCUCGAGCCCGAUGACGGAUUCCUCGUCCAUUAUGCCGUGUACCAUCAUUUCCGAUCUCUGGGGUGGGUCCCUCGAGCAGGCAUCAAAUUCGGAGUCGACUGGCUGCUGUACGCCAGGGGACCGGUGUUUGACCAUGCCGAGUUUGGACUGAUUGUGAUCCCCUCGUACUCAGAUGCUUGGUGGAAAAAGGAGGGCAAACAAGGCCCCCGGAAACCGUGGUCAUGGCUGCAUAGCGUUGUACGAGUCCUGUCCCACGUCACCAAGAGUUUGGUGCUGAUCUACGUGGAUGUGCCGCCUCCUCACAAGUUUGAAGAAGCGCUCAAGGACGGCAUCACGGAGGCAAUGAAGCUGUACAAGGUCAGAGAGGUCAUGGUAAAGAGAUGGUCGAGCAAUCGAAACCGAUGA